AUGCCCCCCAAACAGAAGGAUACCCUUCCACCACCUCCCUCGCCGUCUGCAAAGCGGCCCCUGCCGGAUGUGGCGCAGACGUCGCCGGCCAAGAAACAAAGCAAGUGGAGCGCGGAUGAGGACGCAAAGAUCAUUGACCUGAGGGGUAGAGGUCACAAAUGGGAGGAUAUCAGCCGGGAAUUACCGGGACGCUCGGCAAUCUCCUGCCGCUUGCACUACCAAAACUACCUUGAGAGGAGAUCGGAAUGGGACGAGGACCGCAAGAACAGGCUUGCCCGUUUAUAUGAGAGGUACGCACAUAAGCAUAUACAUAUGAUGCAUCCACAUAUGUACAUGUACAUAUACAUAUAUAAGAUAUAUACAAGUGCUCGGAGGCUAGUUUCGUGCGCUCGCUCACCAAACUUUGGUGGGCACGAAAACAUAUCCCAGAGCACAUGUAUAAUAUAUCCAUAUAUUAACAUACUCGAGCCGCCGGAUUGAAGUCGCGUUUUGUUUGGUGGGACACCACCAAAAUGGGAGCGACUUCGAUCAGCGACUUGAGUAUACUUGCCUAUUCAAAAGGAAUCCUGGAAUUUCCCCUUAAGCAAUUGGAGGAUUUGACCCCCCCGGGGGUAUCCGGAGGUAUGGCCCGGUUAGAGCCUAGAUAAGAACCGCCAAGAUUUCCGGAUACUUUCGGGGUGGGCAAGUAUAUAUGCAUACUAUCCUCAACUUUAUUCAUCCCCCCCUCUUCCCACACCAAAGUUUUGCUUCAGAUCCACGAUAUAGCCGCUAACAACCAAGUGAACAAACAACAGGUUCAAGGCAGAGAUGUGGGCCGAGGUGGCCAAAGAGAUGGGGCUCCCCUGGCGAACGGUAGAGGCCAUGCAUUGGAAACUCGGAGAAAUUGAAAUGGCUCGUCGGGCUGGCGUCGUUCCUUUCUCCCUCAGCAAUAUCGCCCUCGACGCCCCGCCGAAGAGGACCGGCAGCGCGGGAUCGGCUGGGGGUAAAAGCCAGAGUCCCGGGAGCACGAAUGGCCCGGCUGCGGGACCGUCGGCACCCCCGGCGGAGGCGGGCUCCGCACCGCCGGAGGGCAAGAGUGCUGCGUAG